GGAGUGAUUACAUAUGAUUAAGAAAAUAAGAUUUACAUGCUUUUACGAAUUUUAUGUAACAUCUCAGAACGACGUGAACUAGGGUAGACGAGAUUCAAAAUGGAGAAAUACAUGUCCACGCGAUAGUAUUCGAAUCGACGCCAUUAGUACCAAAAUUUUCAAGUUCCAUAGAUCCAGGAACACCCGUGAAUGGGUUUGCCAUGUCCUGGUACUACAACAGUGACUGUCAUGGAAAAUCGGCAUGGGAACACCAGGUGGAGGCAGCAGCGGAUGCCAGACUGAACUUGGAAACUCAGAUCACAGAAAUCUCCAAGUCUCACUGGACUCCAACAGAGAGCUGUCCAAGCUGCUCAAACAAAAAAUGUCGACGAAAAUUCUCCCUGUUGGAUCGCCCCCAUCACUGUAGAAGAUGUGGAAAGAUAUUUUGCAAUCCAUGUCUUCAGUUCCAAAGGAAAUUAAAUUUACUUGCUAACCCUGAUCCAGAGGGGAAAGCUUAUAAGGUAUGUCAGACAUGCUUUGAAGAAGGCCAAGUGCAGGAAGGUCAGAGGCGAAGGCUUACAGAGUAUUUUCAGUUACUGCGUCAACAAGGCAUGCUGGCAUCUACAGUGACAGAAAAUGGCAAAAUCUCAAAGAGCUGGAGACAAAGGCUAGACUUGAGUGCAGAAUGUGUACGUCUUGUCCAAGGUUUUAAAUCGGCCAUUGGAGGGUCAGAAAUUAAAAAGACUCUCCAUGACCUAACCACUCUGGUCACCAUACCCACCUGGCAGAAGUCCUCAACAUGGCUGCAAGAAAACAUGGCUGACUCCUGUCAAAUGUGUGCUGCUAAGUUUGGUCUGAUGAAAAAGAAGCUGAACUGCAGGGUAUGUGGAAGGGCCAUCUGCAAGAACUGUUCCACAAAAGACCUCUUACUGUUUGUUACCAAUGACAACAAAGGGGCUGAACCACAACUUGCCAUUAUUCGAGUGGUUGGGUGCCCUGAAAAGGAACCAGACAUAGCUCUGUAUUUGAGGGUUUGCAAUCUUUGCCAAGAGAAAAUUUCAGAAAGGCAAAUUUCUGACAAUGCUACAGAUGACGAGGCCCAAGAAGGGGUGGACAACUUCAUCAGGCUGGAAAAUGUUCACAACAGUAGUGUGAAGCUAGAGCAGAAGGCAGACCGGCAGCUGGCACAGUAUCAGUCUGUAAUCGAGUCUUUAGAAGACAAUACCAGAAGAGGUUCAACUGCUGGAACAAGCAACAUCAAGGUGUUGGCCAAGGCACAGGUGGACCUUGCCGAUUUCUUGUCACAAUACAACGUAAAUAUACAGAAGAUGAAACAGCUGAAGCCUUCUACAAAUACACAAGCUAUGCUGUUCAGGAAUUGUCUAAAGAGUAAGUGUGACUUUUACUUGGAAAACCAGUUUACAUUCCGAAAGUUGAAACGAGAGUUGGAAAAAUCUGCUCCAGAAGAAACGCUUCAGGUUAUACAACGCACGGUAGACCUAAAUGCUAUAACGAGUGCACAGUUGUAUGUUCGACAGCUGACAUUUGAGACCCUACAUCUCUGUGAUAAGUACGACGUCUGUGAUUCCAUUCCUAAACUUUUGAGCUCACUGGAUGAGGAUCUGGAAAUAGAUGCUAAACGAUGUCUGACAUUGAAUGGUGAGAAAUGGGAGGAACAUGCCUGUCACAUCACAACUAUGAUCAAAAUGCAGAUGAAGGAUCAUCGUUUGAUCAAAUUAUCUCGAAAUCAGUUACUAUUAGGAGCCUGUGAUCAUGUGAUAAUGAUGCUAACUAAACGGACCAAUGAAAUUUUACAACAAGUGCAAAUCCAGCUAGAAAUUAAAUCUACAGACAAAAGUUUUCAGGGAUCAAAAACUUCUCUGAUCAAAACCAGAGACUUUGUGAAGGAAUUAAAAUUGGUCACAUGAUUAGAUUGAUUGGUCCAGGAACACACAGCGAAACUCUAUUAACUUUUGUAUAUCAUAAGUGCAAUCAAAAAGGACUUUUCAUGUUUUUUUAUUUUGUUUUACAGAAUUACUUUUUUGUAACAGUCUUCCUAUUGUACAAUAAAAAUAUUUUUUUUUAAAAGUGAGUACGUACCUACAUGAAAGCAAUAGUCUGAAACAUGUUUUGAUUAAUGUUAUGAUUUGCCGCCAGAUGCAGGGCUUUGAUUACCUGAGUUAGGUGACCUACAUAUGUAUAACUAUUGGUCUGCAUCCGUCGUCGUGCGUUAACAAUAAUUUUAUUGGAACAUUUUUAACUUCUUGAUAACUACCCUUCCAAUUCUUUUCAAAUUCGGUAUGAAGGAUCUUUGAGACAAGGGGACAUGAAUUGUAAUUAUCAGGACUCGUGAAGCCUUGGGGGCAGGAUAAAAACUGCCAAAAUUUACUAAUUUUUAAACAAUCUUCUUUACAUCGCACAUGCCGGUAUUAAAGAAAAACUAAAUGCAUAGAGUAGGAAGGUUUCUACCAAACUGAUGCUGCUUAUAAAUACACAACAUAGUGAAACGACUACCGGUGUAACAGAGAACCGGUAUACCAGAGCGGUAACAACACCGAGGACCUGUCGUCAUAUUUAAACACGGUUCUACUGCAAUAGAUUCAGACUCCAUCAAGAGUUUCAAAACAGAGGAAAUCCCCACCUUAGUUAAAUAAUUCCUUGUGCAAGAAUGAUAAGGAGCAAUACUCGCUUAUUGUAUUACAUUUAUUGUAUUAUAUUUAUUUGUCCUUUAACAUGAAAAACUAAGAAAAUUAUAUAUUGAUAAAUAUUAUGAAAACCUGUCAAUGUAUAAAUUAUUACAACUAUAUACAAAUACAAGUGUUAUGUGUAAUUUUGGGAUUUUUUAAUAUAAAUCUUGUAAACUGAAAUUAGAGGCCAUAACAUAAAGAGGUUUAUCCUCAACAUAUCAAUAAAGAUGUCCUUUAUAUUAAUAUCAUUAUCCUCAACACAUCAAUAAACAUGUCCUUUAUAUUUGAGACACAUGCUCUAUUUUUGUGCUUAAAAUUGUUAUAUCUUAUUGAUGUCUUUUUUCACGUAUGCUAUUAUUGUAAUAUGUGUUACAUGUACAUUAUUUGCAACCUAUAAGCAAUACUGCUUUUGGAAAUAAACCAACAAUAAAAGGGCCUUUAGACGA